AUGGCCUUAGCAAAUCACUUCAUGCUUAGUAAAGAACAGUGUCCUAAAACUGAAGCUAAGAUGAUAAAGAUGAAUGAUAUCCCAUACUCAAAUGUGAUUGGCUCCAUAAUGUAUGCAAUGAUAAGCAUUGGACCUGAUCUGUCUUUUGCUAUAUCACUCCUUAGUAGAUUCAUGUCCAGCCCUGGCAGUGAACAUUGGACUGCCCGAAAAUGGGUUCUAAGAUACAUUAACAGCUCAUUAAAUGUUGGUUUAAAGUACUGUAAGAACAACAUUGUGCUUGAUCUUGUUGGGUUCGUAGAUUCAGAUUUUGCAGAGGCUGAGUACAUAGUCAUUGCUGAUGUGUUUAAGGAGGCUAUGGGUUACAAGGGAUGA